AAGCUGAGAAUCUAUUUUUCCAAUCUGCUGCUGUCCCUUAAGUGCCAACCGCGUCCGCCUCCAAGGCACAGGUGGAGCAGCCAUGUCCACUGGCUCUGCUGCAAGUGAUGCUGAGGACUACGAGACAUGUCACACAAGGACUGCCACCGCUUUGGCGAGGAACGCGCGGAAGAUUGCAUGCUACAAUCCCAACCUUUAUUCGGAUGAGGAGUUGGAAAAUGACGGCGGGGAGGGGAGGAUCAAGCAUGACCGAAAAGCCUCCAGAGCGCACCAGAAGGAAGCGCGCCAGUCGCAGAGAAACGCGGCCAAUGCCAGGGAGAGGGCGCGGAUGAGAGUGCUGAGCAAAGCUUUCUCCAGACUGAAAACCAGCCUGCCCUGGGUACCAGCAGACACCAAACUGUCCAAAUUGGACACGCUUCGACUCGCCUCGAGCUACAUCUCUCACCUGAGACAGCUUCUGCAGGAUGACCGGUUCGAGAGUCGCUUUGCGCACCCAGUCAAUCUGACCUGGCCAUUUUUGAUGACGGGGCGAUCAGAGGACAACCAAGACAUCUCAUCCAAUGUAAGACUAUGUGGAGCAACAGCAUAGGACUCCUUUCUUCUUCAAA